GGCAGGAGCACUGAGGCCGCAGCUCCACCUUCCUCGCCUUAUUUACGGAGCGGCCACAUGCCCGAGCUAAAAGCAGCAGCCAUUCAAAGCACGGCCCCGCCGCUGGAGGGGACCCGGGGCCGCGGCGGCCAGCCGGCAGCUGCCGCGCAUAAAAGUCAUGGGGCUGGGGGGCCGGCGGGAGCGCCAUGAAGGCCGGCGGCGGUGCCGCCUCCGACCCGGAGAGCGGCGGCAGCAGCGAGAGCAGCUCGGACAAGUCCCUGCCCCCCGCCGGGGGCCCGGGCAAGCGCAAGCGGAAGAGCCCCCGGCUGAGCGGGCUGAGCAAGCAGCGGCAGGCGGCCAACGCCCGGGAGAGGGACCGGACCCACAGCGUGAACUCCGCCUUCAGCGCGCUCCGCACGCUCAUCCCCACCGAGCCCGCCGACCGCAAGCUCUCCAAGAUCGAGACGCUGCGCCUGGCCGCCAGCUACAUCGCGCACCUGGCCAACGUGCUGCUCCUGCAGCAGGGCGAGGGGGCGGAGCAGCCUUGCCUGCAGUACCGGCCCCGCCUGCAGGGCGGCGGCCCCGCCGCGGCGCCCCGGCCCAUCUGCACCUUCUGCCUCAGUAACCAGAGGAAGCUGAGCAGAGAAGGGGAGAAACACUUGUCUAUUUAAAGUUUAAGUGGACGUUGAAUCAGAUGAGAAGCUUGCACAAAUCUUGCACUGACUGUAGAACUGUUUUAGAUAACUUCUCUUUAUUCACAAUGUUUACACUGAAAUUAUGCAACAGUAAAAACUACUUUUUAAACUAUAAAAAACCCACUGCUAUGCACUUUGUUUUACAUUGUGACAGGUUGAUUCAGGGUGUUUUGCCAAUGAAACUGAACACUGUGGGGAGAGUUGCACCUGGUGUGGCUGCUAUUUUAAUGCAAGAAAUGUUAACCUAAGCAGCCAAGCCCUGAUCUUGAUGGCUCCUCAAUUUAUGUCACAUGAUGAAACUUGAGCUUUGAAACCACACAGCGUCUCCUGUCAAUGGAAGCUGUCAUAACAUGCCAUCCUCUGUGCCUUUAACCAAUAUUGGACUGUACAGUUGUAUGCUCAUUUGUGUGAGAGAAAGUGGCAGCUGACACAUUGAGGGUCUUUGAAAUUACACUGAGAUUAUUUUAAGGUGCCCACCCAAAAGCCAGGAUACUCAUAAUUAAAAGUGACAUGUGCCUAGGUGUAGGGUGAGCUGCAGUACAACAGAAUGCCUCUUAAAGAGACAGCCAAGAUGGGAGGAGGUCACUAUCUCGGUCAGUACCCAGGAUAGCUGAGAAGUGCUGUGCAAAGGAUUUUUUUUUUCCAUAAUACACAGUGUGUGCUAUGCCAGUCCUCUAAAUAGUGUGGGAUCUUUCUAAAUUUGUUCUUGUUAAGCACAGAAUAGGGAGGGUUGCCCCCGGGCUCUCUAAAUUUAUCAGCGAGGUUAUUCCCACGAUGUACCUUUACAAUCACUGAUGUCGUUUAUCACUGUUAGUUUAUAAACUUGUAAACUUUAUUUGAAAUGGAGUUUAAAAAGCACAGCUCUGUCAUGGUUCCCAAUUUGGGCACAAUGAGAACUGAAAAAGCAGCUAAAAUAUUAAAUCUCCAUAUCCAGGUCAAUUUACAGUGGAUGGUUUAGAAAAUGGUAAGUUUUACCUACUUUUUGAAUUUGGAUACAAGUUUUAGCUCCCGGUCUCUGUGGGACUUAAGCUUUAAAAGAAUCAGACAUAGCUAGUGAAGCACAGAAUGACCCCAAGGAGUCAGGGCUAACAGUCCCUAAAUAAGCUUCUCCUGCCCACCUAAACAUUGUAUGUACCUUAAAAAUAUCAGCUCUGUGUGUUAUAUACCUCCCCUAAAAGCAAUAGAGGGAGUUGCUGCUUUUUGGGAUAGCAGUAAUGUAUGCCAUCCUGAGAGAGGCUUAUGCUGCACAGAGUAAUUGUCUUCCCACCACUACAGGUCACCACUUCUCAUGGUUGGCCACACCCUCUUGUAGAACUCUGCUGUCAUAUCAAAGCCAAUGUGGUGGGAUAAGGAAAGGUAAGCUGUAGCAGUUGAGGUGUUUAUUGUGUAGCUGACUUUCCUUCACCUCACUCCCCACCCAACACAUACAGAGCAUAUUCUGCAGAUUUUUCCAGUAGACACACCAAAAAAAAAAAACGUAUAGGAGACCCCAUUAAUUUGGUCUUGGAACUUUGAAUUCCUGAUGCUCCCCCCCAAGCCAUUUUGCAGUGCCACUUUAAGACACAUUCUGUUAUUUACAGAAGCUGUAGGAAAUUUCUCCUCCAACAAAAUACUGAUUCCAAUGGGACUAGUCAUGUUCUUCAAGUUGCACACAUGCUUCAGUGCUUUCUGGAGUGAGGUCUGAAUUUCCUGCUUUUAGUAUGCUGUUAUCUUUACUGCAUCCUUAGCACUCUUUCAGUGUAGUGAUUCAAACCGCUGCCAGAUUAACUUUUUUGUUUUGGUGUUGAUCAAUGUUUUCUGACAAAUGGGAUUUAUGCACAUUUUUAGACUACAUUUUUUAUUUUUGAGUGCAGAUUUCUGCAAAUAUGCCCGUCAACAUUUUGCUUUGUUUUUAAAAUGGUUUUGUAAUGGCUUAAACUGGAUGUGUAAGUUUUUAGAAGUUUUUAUAGUUUUAAAAGCAGAUAUUUUAAAUUGCACUGUAGAUUAUCUUGAAACAUGACUAAACUAUAUCAAAUGUUAGCUUCUUUAACAGGAAUAAACAGAUUCACUUAUAUAACAGUUGUAUCUUCCAUUAGGACACUAAGUGAUAAAAUGUUUAAAAAACUGCAAUUUCAAAUACUUUUUAGGUUUGUUUUAUAUUACAAAUAUUCUCUAAUUGUGGAGAUUCAUAAAGAAGCUGAACAAAAUAGUAAUUUUGGAUUUUCAUAAACAUCUUAACUAACGUUCAUUUUUAAUAGAAUCUCUUGGCAAAUGUAGCAUAUUUACAUUUA